AUGGCGUCUCGCAAGGAGGGCCCCGCCAGCGCCGCCCCCGCCGCCUCCGCCGCCGCCCCCGCCGCCCCCAGCGCCGCCGCCGUCACCGCCGCCGCGCCCGGACCCAAGGGCAAGGCCAAAGCCGGCGGGGCCGCGGGCGGCCCGGGAGACUCGGCCGUCAAGCAGGUGCAGAUCGACGGCCUGGUGGUGUUGAAAAUAAUAAAACAUUAUCAAGAAGAAGGACAGGGGAAUGAAGUGGUCCAAGGAGUGCUUUUGGGCCUAGUGGUGGAAGACCGCCUGGAAAUCACCAAUUGCUUCCCCUUUCCCCAGCACACGGAGGAUGACGCGGACUUUGAUGAAGUCCAGUACCAGAUGGAAAUGAUGAGAAGCCUUCGCCACGUGAAUAUCGAUCACCUUCACGUCGGUUGGUACCAGUCCACGUACUACGGCUCGUUUGUCACCCGCGCUCUCCUGGAUUCCCAAUUCAGCUACCAGCACGCCAUCGAAGAGUCUGUAGUUCUCAUUUAUGAUCCCAUAAAAACUGCUCAAGGAUCCCUCUCCCUCAAGGCUUACAGGCUGACUCCUAAACUGAUGGAAGUUUGCAAGGAGAAAGAUUUCUCUCCUGAAGCAUUGAAAAAGGCAAACAUUGCCUUUGAGCACAUGUUUGAAGAAGUGCCGAUUAUAAUUAAAAAUUCGCAUCUGAUCAAUGUCCUAAUGUGGGAGCUGGAGAAGAAGUCGGCUGUGGCUGAUAAGCAUGAACUGCUCAGCCUGGCUAGCAGCAACCAUCUGGGGAAGAGCCUGCAGUUGUUGAUGGACAGAGUGGAUGAGAUGAGUCAAGAUAUAGUCAAAUACAACACAUAUAUGAGGAACACCAGUAAACAGCAGCAACAAAAACACCAGUACCAGCAGCGUCGACAGCAGGAGAAUAUACAGCGCCAGAGCAGAGGAGAACCGCCUCUUCCCGAGGAGGACAUGUCCAAGCUCUUCAAGCCACCCCAGCCGCCCCCCAGGAUGGAGUCCCUGCUCAUCGCUGGCCAAAUUAAUACUUACUGCCAGAACAUCAAAGAGUUCACGGCCCAGAAUCUCGGGAAGCUCUUCAUGGCCCAAGCCCUCCAAGAGUACAACAACUAGGAAAAGGAGCCAAGUCAUUUGGUGUGAUGAGUUCUUUCCAAAUAAGGCCAAACUCGCAGCAUCUUCCAGGGAUGGCUCUUCAGAAAGAAAAUCGGCGUAUUUAGAAUUUUUUAAAAAUAUCCCUUUAAUCUCGGGUGCCAGCCACGGCAUUAAUUCUAUCCUCUUCUCCCCCCCUUCCCUCCCCCCCCCCCCCAAUAAAAAUAUAAGCCUGUUUCAGUGUA